UAGUCAGCAUCUUCAUCUUAUACAAAGUCAGCACAGCAUGUGCGCAGGCACAGCACCAGAGUGAUAGACCGGCCGUCGCCGUCCGCUCUGCCUGCAAAUUUGAGCCUAGAAAAACGAUAUCACGGCAAGCUAGGAAAGAGACACUAAACCAUGAUGCUCAAGAACAAGUUUCUUCCAUCAGUUAGGGGGUGGUGGCCCCACAGUGGCAUCAUCGCCGUCGUCGUGUUUGUAGUUCUCAUCUGUUGCUGCCGCCCUGUAGCUACUUCAGAUGUUAAAAAUAUGGAGAGUGAUCACAAGGAUGGUGUGUGUUGGACGAGAGUUGGUCAACCUUGCCCCCUCAAAUGCGCAUUUGAGUUGUUUGACACCAAAUUCUUGAAUAACACAAAGAUGCUGGAGAUUGUGAGGGGUCAAAAGGAGUUUAACCUCCCCAUAAUCACAGCUAAUAGAAAAUUAGUUGCUUCUGAGGAUGGAGGUUUGCGUAACCCGUCUUAUUUGGUAUUCAAUUCUGGAUGGGGCAGGGAACAGUCUCAGCAUGCCACUAAAAAGUUCAAUUAUCCUUCUCUUUCCGGCAUCAAAAAACCGAGAAGUGAAGAAGAUAUCGCCUUUAUGAGUGUUCUUGAAUUAGGAGAGCUCAUUAGAACAAAGCAAAUUACGUCGAAGGAGCUUACGAGAAUUUUUCUGAAAAGACUUAAAAGGUACAAUCAUGUUCUUGAGGCUGUGGUGACAUAUACAGAAGAGUUAGCAUACAAGCAAGCAAAAGAGGCUGAUCAAUUGCUUGCCAAAGGAGUGUAUUUGGGUCCUCUGCAUGGGAUUCCUUAUGGAUUGAAGGAUAUAAUUGCAGUACCGCACUACAAAACAACGUGGGGUUCCGGUAGUUUCAAAAAUCAAGUUCUUGACAUUGAAGCUUGGGUUUACAAGAGGCUGAAGGCUGCAGGGGCAGUUCUCGUCGCGAAGCUUGUUUCCGGAUCACUUGCAUAUGAUGACAUCUGGUUUGGUGGUCGAACAAGGAACCCUUGGAAUAUCGAGGAGUUCUCCACAGGUUCAUCAGCCGGCCCUGCCGCCUGCACUUCAGCAGGUAUGGUUCCAUUCGCAAUCGGAUCAGAAACAGCUGGAUCUGUGACCUACCCUGCUGCACGCUGUGGCGUGACAGCAUUGCGCCCAACGUUUGGCACUACUGGGCGAACUGGUGUAAUGAGCAUAUCGGAAAGCUUGGACAAGCUUGGACCUUUCUGUCGAAGCGCUGCAGACUGUGCCAUUGUUCUGGAUGCCAUUAGAGGAAAGGACCCAGAUGAUCUUUCGUCGAGAGACAUUCCUCUUGGCGAUCCGUUUUCGGUUGACAUUAAAAAACUUACAGUUGGAUAUUUAGAAGAUGCUGAGAUGGAGGUUGUUCAUAUUCUUGCAUCAGAAGGUGUAAAAAUGAUCCCUUUCAAGCUUAACUACACAGUUGAUUCUGUUCAAGGCAUCCUAAAUUUUACCAUGGACGUCGACAUGUUGGCUCACUUUGAUGAAUGGCAACGCUCCCGCCAUGAUGAUGUUUACGAAGCUCAAGAACAAUGGCCUACUGAACUCCGCCGUGCACGUGUAAUUCCUGCAGUUGAUUAUGUACAAGCUCAAAGAGCAAGGGGGAUGUUAAUCCGCGAAGUAAAAGAAAGUUUUACCGUGGAUGCGUUCAUUGGCAAUGCAACUGAUUGGGAGAGAGUUUGUUUGGGAAAUCUUGUUGGUAUACCUGUAAUUGUUGUUCCAACAGGGUUUAAAAGCAUAUCAAAUCCACCUCAUAGCAACCAUACUCGAAGAAGAACCACGAUCACCACCGGCAUUUAUGCUCCUCCUGAGCGUGACCAUAUUGCUCUAGCACUAGCUAUGGCUUUCCAAUCCGUCACCAAUCACCACAAGCAACGGCCUCCGAUCGAUAAUCUUGGACCAAGUGAUCCAAUCCAAUGUCUUCCCAAAUGAUUGCAUCCCAAGGACAACUUUUCUGCAACGGAUGCCAUUGUAGCGAAAUACCAAGAAAACCACGCAUUGCCAUGCCCCUGAUCACCAUAAGUGUGUGUGAUUGUGUUAGAAUAGCGUCACAAUGACUCCCGUUGUAAGUAGGUUUCUCUCCGUCCUUAGAGGAACUGGAACUGCAGCCUCAGUACUAUUCUGGUUAUGUAAUAUUGAGUCGACAUUCGAUAUAUACGUGGACAAUGAAAUCGAGAUUGAGAUGUAAACAAAAUGAACGGAACCCAUACAUUUCAUGAUAUGCAUAAGCAAAUAAGAUGUUACAUAAGCUUGAUAUAUUAAAGCUGGA